CGCACGAGGCUGCUUCCCAGUCUCGAGACUUCGCGGCAUGUAGUCCAGUAGUCGACAAGAUGUCAUCGCCGAAUCCUUCACUCUUCUCCUCGCCGACGUUCAUCUUCCUGUUGGCCUUCGUCCUUCGGGCAGUGCUCCUCGUUUAUGGAAUAUACCAGGACUCAGUCUCGGCCCUGAAAUACACGGACAUCGACUACUAUGUUUUCACAGACGCAGCUCGCGCCGUCUCUAGAGGGUCGUCACCCUACACCCGAGCGACAUAUCGAUAUACCCCUCUACUCGCUUGGAUCCUGCUCCCUACAAGCUGGGGUGGACUGUGGUUUCAUUUCGGCAAGACAAUCUUCGCUCUGUCAGACCUGAUCGCUGGUUGGCUUAUUCUGAUUCUGUUGAAGAGGAGGGGAUUACAUGAGGCCCGGGCCCUUGGAUACGCCAGCGUGUGGCUGCUCAACCCCAUGGUCGCAAACAUCAGUACUCGGGGAAGUAGCGAAGGCUUUCUCUGCGUACUGGUCAUGGCACUGCUCUGGGCGUUCGAAACCAGACAAAUACUCCUGUCGGGCGUGCUCCUCGGCCUAAGCGUUCACUUCAAGAUAUACCCUUUCAUUUACGGAGCAAGCAUGCUGUGGGCGUUGGGUCCGGCCACCAAGACGUCUCCCGGGACUGCGAUCUUUCAGCGAACGUUGCAGUUCAUGAACCGCGAUCGCAUACUGCUUGUAGCUACCUCGCUCAUCACAUUCACCGUGCUCAAUAUUCUCAUGUACAAUAUCUACGGGUCUCCAUUUCUCCAGCACACUUUCUUGCAUCACCUUACUCGAAUCGACCAUCGACAUAACUUCUCACCAUACAACACGCUUUUGUAUCUCUCUUCGGCUCAAUCGACCAGCCACUUUACGAAGAGCUCCUCCUUCUCAUUCGAGUCCUUUGCGUUCGUGCCGCAACUCCUGCUAUCCACGGUUCUCAUUCCAAUUGCUCUUGCGAAACGAGAUCUACCACGAACAAUGCUCGCCCAGACUCUCGCGUUCGUGGCCUUCAACAAAGUCUGCACUUCGCAAUACUUUCUCUGGUAUCUCGUCUUCCUGCCACUGUAUCUACCAGACUCGGCGCUCAUCCGACGGCCUGGACUGGGAACAACUGCGUUGGCGCUCUGGAUCAUCGGUCAAGCGGCGUGGCUCCAGCAGGCUUAUGAACUUGAAUUUCUGGGGAAGAGCACAUUCGUUCCUGGCCUGUUUGCGACAAGCCUCGGCUUCUUUGUCAUCAAUUGUUGGAUCUUGGGCGUCAUUGUGGCGGAUGAGAGGGACAUAGCAAACAAAGGGUCACCGGAUGAAGCGUCGAAGCAGUCUGCGAAGUCGGAACGGGUACUCGUUAUGCCACCUGCAUCGGAGAACGGUAGCACUGGCUUUGCGAUAAAGGGCAAGGAGCCGGUUCGGAGGGCGCGUGCGGAUAGUCAUAUUGACACGAGCAAUCUUGCGAAGGUGCAUUUGGGACCUAGGGAUAGGGUUUUGAAAAGCAACUGAUACCAGUCCAACAGCGGCUGAGGACAUGCUGGCACAGUAUUCAUCCGAGCUGUAGGCUUGGCCUAGAUAUGGAUCGAGUGAACAAUAGCUUUCAUGCUCGAGAUGUCAGUCAAGUUGCCUUCGCAGUGCCUUGGUUAUACUGAUCCCGCCAUCCACCGUCCACCGUCAAUAACCCUUUGGACCUGUGCUUCCAUUUCAG